AUGUGGUUCUCCUGGAUGCUGCUCCUGGCUUCUCUAGCUACGUCCACCGCUUCGUCAAAAACACGUGAGUGGGCUCAUCACGGAGCUGUGAUGUUUGCCGAUCUCACUCCCCAAGAGAUGAACGCAGUGAGAGACUACCUCCACUCCUGCAGCGAGCUGGGCCUCACCUCGGCACGAGACAAGUCCCUCAAGAAGAACAGCAUCCUCCUUAUGGAGCUGCACGUUCCUCGCAAACACGAGGCGCUCCGUGCGCUGGACAGAGGACAAGCGAGACCUUCACGGAAGGCACGUGUGGUGGUGCAGUUCGGCAACCAGGUGGUGCCAAAUGUUACGGAGUACAUCGUCGGACCCCUACCUUUCCCGAGUUCUUACCAGGUGAAGACGUUUAAGGGUGACCGUCCAAUCCGUUUCGAGUCCAGGCCGAUCUCCACUGUGGAGUACGAGCACCUGAAUGGGGUUUUGGAGAAAGUAGCAGCUAAAGCAAACAAGAUUCUGCAGGAGAGCACCGGGUUUACUUACGGCAACUGCACUAAUCGUUGCUUGACCUUCUCGGACAUCGCUCCUCGUGGGUUGGCGCCAGGAGAGAGGAGGACGUGGAUCAUGCUGCAGAAGUUUGUGGAGGGCUACUUCAUCCACCCGGUUGGCUUAGAGGUCCUCGUUAACCACAAAGAUUUGGAUCACGAAAAGUGGAUGGUGGAGAAGGUGUGGUACAACGGCCAGUAUUUCGACAGCAUGGAGGAACUUGUGGAAAAGUACGAGAAGGGGACGAUCAAUAAACUCAAGCUGCCGGAGCAUGAUGAGGAGGAUCUUUUCUCAACCUAUAUUCCUCGUGGACACAUGAACACACGGACGAACAUCCAUGGAGCAAAGCUUGUCGAACCCCAAGGCCGCAGAUUCCAGGUGGAUGGGAACUUUGUGGAAUAUGCCGGAUGGUCCUUUGCAUAUCGGGUUCGCUCUUCGGCAGGAUUGCAGAUCUUUGAUCUUCGCUUCAACGGGGAGAGGAUUGCUUAUGAGAUCGCACUGCAGGAAGCCAUUGCCUUCUACUCCGGAGAUACUCCAGCUGCCAUGCAAACCAAGUACAUUGAUGCCGGGUGGGCGAUGGGAACCUCUGAUUAUGAGUUGUCACCUGGGAUAGACUGUCCAGAAAUUGCUCAUUUCGUGGACCUUUACCAUUAUUAUGACACAGACAAACCUGUGCAUUACAGAAACGCACUCUGCAUCUUUGAAAUGACCACUGCACUUCCUCUGAGGAGACACUAUAAUAGCAACUUCCAAGGAGGCUACAAUUUCUAUGGAGGCUUGGAAAACCAUGUUCUGGUGAUCCGAACUACGUCUACGGUGUACAACUACGACUACAUCUGGGACUUUGUCUUCUACCAGAAUGGCGUAAUGGAGUCUAGAGUGAGUGCGACUGGGUACAUCCAUGCAACGUUCUUCACGGAAAAUGGAUUGAACUAUGGAACCAGGGUUUACAACUAUGUUCUUGGCAACUUGCACACCCAUCUAAUUCAUUACAAAGUGGACCUUGACAUUGCAGGGAGGGACAACAGCUUUGAAACCAUUGAUCUGGAUUUGGUUGCCUGGGUGACGGUGGGAUUCUUACACAUUCCUCAUUCUGAAGACAUUCCCAACACAGCGACUCCAGGAAACACGGUGGGAUUCUUCCUGCGUCCCUUCAACUUUUUCGACGAGGAUCCCUCGCUCGCGUCCCACAGCACGGUCAUCGUGCGACCCGAUGAGAAGGGCCAGCCAAAGGUUCAGAGAUGGACUCCAGAGGUCGUAGGUCACUGUGUCUCAGACAAGCCUUUCUUCUACAAUGGCACGUAUGCUGGUGUCUAG